AUGAAACCUUAUCAGACUCCAAAUUCUGGGCAUUCUCGCCAAGGGAGUUUAAGAGUGUAACGACAACCUUUGGCUGUAAUCAGCAAUUGUCCUGAAUUUUCAUAGUGUGCCAAUUACCUGCAAUAGAAAGUUUAGGGAUUGGAGUAGCGAGUUAAGAACCUCAAUAGUUAGCAUGCAGACAGAACAGAAAAUAGAUCGACAACUACAUAAAAAAAUGAAGCAUCCCUAUCACCCUUUGUGAGGUAGAAAAAACCAAGUAGUUCGAAUUAGAAAGUGGAUUCGUAGAGCUACUAUGAAGCCAUCAUUAAUAAACGACUGGAAAACAUCAGUAAAAUGGAUUAGUCUCCUGUGCAUAUCAAAACUGAUAAUACAGUGGCUUAAUAAGAUAAAUAUUCCAUUCAUAGCUAAUUAUCCAAUUUAGGUCCAUGCUCAGGAAAAUUGCACUCUAACAGUAUUGUUAGAAUUUAAAAGUUGACUAAAAAAUUGAGAAAGUUUAAAAUGAUCAAGGACUAAAACCAAGAUGAAUGUGCUCCAUCUUUGGCAAAAAUUAAAUGUUUUUGUUAGGAAUAUUAUAAUGAUUGUUUUGAUUUCUAUAGAUGCACCGACUUGAUAGCCUUAAAAUAUUUUAUCUAUUUGCUCGUAUAGGAAAUUAACACUCUUUAUAGUUAGGACGCUUUUAAGAUGGCAGACAAUUCAAUGUAGUAUCAAUAGUAAAUUGAAAUGCUUAAAGAGUAAUUAGAUAAUUAGAAGAGUGAUUAGGUGAGUUUCCAAAACCAAUUGAAAUUAUAAAAGAUGGUUGUGGAUACUCAAAAAUUAAUACAAGAUAUUAUUAAUGUCUUAUAAACUAAACACAAUUAAAGUACAUUGAUCAAUUAGGUUGAAGUGCUGAAUAAUUAAAUGAAAAAUAUCAAAGAAAAUAUGUCGACCAAUUAACUGUAACAUCAAAAUGCAACUUCAUUUGGAUAGUAAUUAGCAAAAUGUGGAAUUGAUGUCAAUUAUCAAUAGAGAGUAACAAAUGAUACUUCAGUAGUGAAUUAAUCAAAUUUUAAAACUCAAACUGUGGAUGAAAGAAAUCAAACCUAAUUUAGUUCAAAAUCAAAGUCUCCUUAUAAUAGGAAUCAGAAGAAAAUUAAUUUUGAGUUAGAAUAAUAAGUGGAUAUGAAUAAGAAAUUAUUUGAUGAACAAGUAGUAACAAAUAGAUAGUUGAUGGAGAAACUAUUCAAAUUACAAACUGAAAAGCAAUAAAUUGAUUAGAUAUUGAAGUAAGUGUAGGACGAAUUGAAAUAAAGAAACUAAGCUAUUAUAGAGUUGGAAAAUAAUCUGUAAAAGGAGAGUUCAAUAUUUAAUGAGAUGAAUUAAAAUUUAGAGGAGGCUCUUUAAUAGAAUAAAGAAAUAUAGAAAGAAAAUGUUAAGUACAAAGAGAGCAUUGAUCAAUAUAUGUAGAUAGAAUAGAAGUAUUAUGAUUUAUUACAAGAGAACAAUAAAUAAUUUUAAUAGUUGAAUUAAGUUAUAAAAGAAAAUGGGUGUCUAUAGAAGGUUCAAUAGUAAAUAGAGGCUGAAUGCAAGGGCUAUUAAUAACAAAUUUUGAAAUUGCAAGAGAAGUGUUAAGCACAAUAUGCUCAAAUGUAAGAUCAAAGUGAUGCCAAAUACCUAUAAUAGUAAAUAAAUGAGUUACUGUUACAACAACAAGAACAGAGCAAAAUAAUUACUUUGAUUACUGACGAAGCCCUGUAUCUUGGCUAGAUGACUCUUUAUGCCAGUGAUAUACUGUAGAGACAACAGACAGAUGGCAUUCCCACCACUCUUGUGAUGCUAUAGAAAGACUUAAAUGGAAAGAGGAGCACAAUUCAAUAGAAGAUGAACAUUCUAUAGUAAUUUGGGAACAACAUGAAAAAUCAGCAAUUGAUUGCUCACAGUAGUUCUAGUUAAUUUAAUGAUAAUGUGGAUUUACUGGAAAAUCUGCAUAGUGAAGCUUCGUCGACUAGACAGAAGAAUGUGAGUUCUUAUGAGGAGACAGCCAGCACAAUUCACAAUAAUAAUAUCUAAUCGAAUGAUUUGAUGAUGAUGUUGUUGGUUUAAUGCAACACUUUAGAGAAAAUGAUGGAACUUUGA